AACCUACCAAUGAUACAAGUCGGUCCUAUUCUGCUGGGACUGAUCGCAAUGAACGGGUGUCGGAGCUCUGCACGGCAAAGGAGCAACCACAGCGAGACGAGGCGAUCAAGGGGAUGCGGCAUCGGUACGCGGGAGCUGUCCAUCAGCACCAAAUCCCCGACGAAAAGCAAGGAAGCAGCAAACAGAGCCGAGACCCAGACGCUCCUGUUUUCAGCCUGCCGCCCCCGCCCUCUUCUCACCACCGAGACCGCACUUCGACCACCGCCGCUCACCGCCAGAGCCUCCAGGAGCUCCCCUGUCUGAGCCAGCCCACUCGGAGACCUGUUCACAGCGGCGACCCUCUACCUCUGGCGAGCUACGACACCGCCCAGCGACCUUCACACCGAGGCAGUGAACCCAACACCGGGCAGCCGGCGCACCUGCAGCAGGAUCCCUGGGCCCCGGCCGGCUCUCAGCAGCAGCAGCAGCCGCAGCCGCCGCCGCCGCCGCCGCAGUCGGAGAAGCAGCCUGUUUUUCCAAGCUGCCACUGCAGUUUUUCCGAGCAGGAGGCGAGCCUUUCUCAAAAGCAGCACCAUCCUGCCGAUCCUCUCCCACCGCAGCCCUCCCCGCCUUUUCCGCCUCCUAUUCCACCGCCACCAACGUCGUCCUCCUCCUCUCUGCUGUUUUCCCGGGAAUCUAAAAGGGGGGAUCGGCUCCGAAGGAGUGCCAAUAAUUACCAACAGGCAAGCAUCGUGGAACGCUGCAGGGGAGGAGGAGGAGCAGGAGGGCACCGAGACCACAGGCAGUUGUUGCAGCAACAGCAGCAGCAGCAGCAGCAACAGCAUCAACAGCACAGUCAUUUAAGACUCCAACAGAGGGACCCCUCCCCUGAAGGAAUCCGUGCAAACUCGCAGAAAGGGCGCUCUUUAAAUGUAUGUGAGUCAACCGAGGCGAACAGGAGAGCAUUCGAGUUUCAGACUCAGGACCUGCAGCAGCAACAGCAGCAGCAGCAACAGCAGAUCCCACAAUUACGAGCGCAGCAACAGCUUCUGGUGGGGAGCAGCUUGCCUAUCAACUACUGCGCCAGCGGCUCAGGAGAGCUAUGUAGGACUCACCAGGCUCCACUGCUGCAACAGCAAGAGCAGCAGCAGCAGCAGCAGCAGCGGCAGCAGCAGCAAGGCGCACUGGGGCUCUGUCCCCAGCGUCCGCAGCACUGUGAACAAGACCGCAAUAAGUCUGGGAGGAUCGCCGCGCAAGGCGAUCAGGCGCAGCCACACAGCCGCGACUCCCGCGUAACCCCCCCGGUAACACAACAGGCAUACGCGGGGAACUCGUCUGCGACUGGCAGCAACAGCAGCAAAGACAGCCCCAACUACGGCUCGAGCUAUCACCUGUGGCCAGAGAGCCCGCAUAAAGGAGAGGAGAGGAUACGCAUCGACCUCCAUAAGGCCACUACUGAGCAGAAGAAGCUGAGCCAUGCUGGAUCCAAGCCCUCCCUCUCCGAGAGCAGCGGCCGACUCCCUCAGAUAGCCAUGAACACCUGCAAGUACAAUGGCGGAGUGGUGAGACCACUAGUGGGCAGCCUGGCGUCCUCGUCGCGCCGCAACCUCGCGGAGCUCGACUCGGAGACGCAGCCUUUACAGACGCUGCACAGCUCUGGCCUUGAGGUGGUGGUGUCCAAGGGCAACGGCGGCGAAGACCCCAGCAAGGCGUCCAACGAGAGCUUGGUCAGGGAGGGCAGCGGGCGUGGCGGAGGAAGGGCGCCGCAAAAGAAGAACAGGGACAUUGGCUACAAGCUUGGCCACCGGAGGGCGCUGUUUGAGAAGCGAAAGCGGCUCAGCGACUACGCACUCAUCUUUGGGAUGUUUGGGAUUGUUGUCAUGGUGACAGAGACGGAACUGUCAUGGGGGGUUUACACUAAGGAAUCUUCAUACUCAUUUGCACUGAAAUGCCUUAUCAGCCUUUCCACUGUUAUAUUGCUUGGUCUUAUAAUAAUGUACCAUGCCCGGGAAAUCCAGCUGUUUAUGGUCGACAAUGGUGCGGACGACUGGAGGAUAGCCAUGACGUAUGAGCGGAUCUUCUUCAUCGUGCUAGAGCUGCUGGUGUGUGCCAUCCAUCCCAUCCCGGGCCAGUACGUGUUCACCUGGACGGCGCGGCUGGCCUUUACCUACACGCCAUCGGUGGCCGACGCUGACGUGGACAUCAUCCUCUCCAUCCCCAUGUUCCUGAGACUCUACCUGAUCGGCAGGGUCAUGUUACUCCACAGCAAGCUGUUCACGGACGCUUCGUCUCGCAGCAUCGGCGCCCUCAACAAGAUCAACUUCAACACACGCUUUGUCAUGAAGACCCUCAUGACCAUCUGUCCAGGAACUGUUCUGCUGGUGUUCAGUAUAUCCUCCUGGAUCAUUGCUGCAUGGACUGUACGCGUCUGUGAGAGGUAUCAUGACAAACAGGAAGUAACCAGUAACUUCCUGGGAGCCAUGUGGCUCAUCUCGAUUACCUUCCUCUCCAUUGGCUACGGGGACAUGGUACCACACACGUACUGUGGGAAAGGCGUGUGUCUGCUUACAGGGAUUAUGGGAGCUGGUUGCACUGCGCUGGUGGUUGCAGUGGUGGCCAGGAAGCUGGAGCUGACCAAGGCUGAGAAGCAUGUCCACAACUUCAUGAUGGACACACAACUCUGCAAACGAGUAAAGAACACAGCUGCCAAUGUACUCAGGGAAACAUGGCUCAUCUACAAACACACCAAGUUGGUCAAAAAGAUAGAUCACGCCAAGGUGCGAAAACACCAGCGCAAGUUUCUCCAAGCCAUCCACCAACUGCGCAGUGUGAAGAUGGAGCAGAGGAAACUCAACGACCAGGCCAACACCUUGGUGGACCUGGCAAAGACCCAGAAUGUGAUGUAUGACCUGGUGUCAGAGCUGCAAGAGCGCAGUGAGGAGUUGGACAAGCGCAUCGGCACAUUGGAGGACAAGCUGGACUCGGUGACGGGCAGCCUGCAGGCGCUGCCCUGCCUCAUCUCCCAAGCCAUAACCCAGCAGCAGCAGGACUUCCUGGACGGCUUUGUUCACCGCUUUCGGCCCGCCUCGCUAGCCUCGGAGCGCUCCGAACGCUCUGAGCGAUCCUGGACUUCCACCGCCCGCAGGCGGCGCUCACCCUCCACAGCACCACACACCUCCUCUGAUAGUGGAUAACCUUGACAAACCCUCUGCAGUCAGCUUUGAGGCCCACCUUUCCCAAACCAACUUGUCACUUCAUUCUGUCCCAUCCAAAGCCGUCCCUGUAACUGCUGGAGAGUCCAUGUCUGGACUAAUAAAGAACCCAUAUCUUGACCCCUGACCUGGUCCUUACCCUCUCCCUCCCACCUAUCCCUCCUCUCCUUCCCCCACACCCAACAUCAAAUCCGAAAACCAAUUCCUCUGUGACUGAGCCUCUCAGCACAGGACUGGAUCAGAGCUACUCCAAAAGAACAAAGAAAGGCAAACAAAGACUUAAAUCAAAUAAAAACACAAAUGCAUCCAAAAACAGAAAAAGAGAAAAAAAAUUUAAAAAAUGACUGAAAAACCGAGAUAAAGUAGAGAUAUGGUUUAUGUUUUAGCCAUUGUAUGGCUGUUCAAGUUAGCUUUUUUGUAAAAGCCCUUGUAUAGUUAAAAAAUGACUGAGUUCAGGGUCGCUGGGGUGAGAGCUGGCUAUCACACCGGAGAGUCCUUAACCACGAGGGGAGAAGUUGGUCUGUGGAGCUGAGGGCCUCGGCUCACCUGCUGGCCCUCUGAGGCCAUGGAGGACAUCCGUCCACCCAUCUGUCGUCUAUCUGUUUGUCCGGUGAGGAGAGCGAGACAAACCAUUGGAUUUCCCUUUCAAAAGACUAGUGUCAUGGAUUCUUUCCCAUAGGUUAAGGUGAAAGCUUUAGGAGAGGCUAUGAAAGCUCUGACUUCAGGUCAGUGUUUGAAACUGCACUUGAGGGGGAUGGGAAACUGUCACACAAAAGAAGAGCAAAGGGGAUGCAUAUGGCAUUACUACUGGGUAGGAAAAAUUUACACAAUUGCCAACUUCAAGGUUUCAGCUUCCUUGUUCUUACCAAGGGAAAAAUGAGAGCGACUAUCUUUUUUAGUUACAUAUUGACAUGUGAUUUUUCAGUGCCUGAAUGUAUAAAUAGUAGAGGGUUAUUUAAUUACUAAUUUCAGAGCUUUUUUACGAUGUUAACAGUCUGAAUACAGCAUUGCAUUCCUUUUUCAGAUACAUUCCUCUCCAAAAAUUUAAAGAAAAUGUCUUAAUGUAAUGCAUAACAUUGCCUCCAUUACACAGCAACUCUAAAUGUUUUGAAAACCUUUUUUCUUUUUCUAUUUCUACUAACACCGCAAGAAACGAAAACUGUUCAGAGAGUAAGCGAGAGUGAGACAGACUGAGAGAAUAUUUGUGAGUGUGUUUGUCAGAGAACGAGUUCACUUUUAGCUCAAUGCUGCACACUCAUACACACAACAAUGAAAUAUGUAGUAGUCUACCUUUCUCACCACCACUAAUUAGAGCUUCCUGUGGUCUUCAGAUAAUGGCAUGGCUUGAGGUCUGCUGGUAUAUACGGCCACACAGGCACACUGGUUGAACUGAGAAACCAACCCUGCCCCUUUGCAUGGUUCUGUGCAAAAAUGACAAUGGAACACAAUCUUCCUUGGAUGGCUUGAUGAUUUUCAUGAUUUUGAUUUUGUUAUGUUUACUUUUGUUUGUUGCCUCUUUCUUUUGUUAUUUUUUACUAAAACUUCUUUUUUUAACUAGGAUACCUAGGGUUUUUAGAGUUGCAGAACCUAGAGAGUUGCAGUAAUGUGAUUCUGUAAUGCAUUCCCUGUUUAAAAUAUGAGGUGAAGAUAAAUCGAUAUUACAUAAGAAUCCUAAAAGGAUACAAAUAAAAAGUGCUGAAGAAACUUUGAUGGUUACAGAACAGUGAAUUGUUCCCUCCGCAAGUUUUAAGGAAUGGUUUUGCAUGUUUGGGACCUAUGCCUGUUCACUCUAGCAUUAUAUGAGAAGGUCAGCACUACUCUCAUAUGAAGAAGAUAAAGCACUGCUUGUAGCUGGUUAGCUUAGGUUAGCAUCUAUGUUGUUUGUUUAAGCCGUACAAAAGCUGAAAUGUAAAUAAUUCAGUCAUCUCAUGGUGACAACAAAGCUCCAGGAAAUAGUAAAACCUUAACUUAUUUGUACA